AUGUAUGAUGCAAAGUGCGACUCCUCUGGGCCAAGAAGCAUCCUAGACCGAUCUGUGAGGGUCAUCGGAGGAUCCAAGGCCAGGCAGGGGUCCCAUCCAUGGCUGGUGUCUCUUAGGAUCCGAGGAUCACAUUUCUGCUCCGCAGCCAUCUUGACAGACCACUGGCUUUUAACAGCUGCUCACUGUUUUGUGAGCGUAUCAGCGGAUUUCCUGCAUACGGUUGAGGCUGUGGCAGGUGAUUUUAAUAACCGAAAAGUUGAAAGGGGAGAGCAGAGCUUCCGUGUAAAGGCCGUGAAGUUCCAUGAAAUGUAUCAACACUCCUCGCCAAUGAGCUAUGACAUCGCUCUUCUGGAGCUUAAUGGACGCAUUCAGUUUGGAGAUUUUAUUAAGCCUGUUUGUCUCCCUAAUCCUGCUGAGAGGUUUCCCCCUAAGACCACAUGUGUUGUUGGAGGUUGGGGUCGAAUUAAAGAGAGAGGGCUGUUACCUUCAGUUCUUCAAGAGGUGCAUUUGGACCUGGUCAAGCAAAGCAGGUGCAUACAUGUUCUGCAAACUCUUAGACCUGGGCAAGAGACCUUUACAGUGCUGUGUGCUGGUCCAGAGGGCGGAGGUAGAGAUGCCUGCCAAGGGGAUUCUGGGGGUCCUCUCAUGUGCCCCAGAGCAGACGGGCAAUGGGUGGCAGUGGGGAUCACUUCAUGGGGUAAGGGUUGUGGCCGAAGCUGGAAUAGCAACAGGAACAAACCUCCAUCGAGGAGAGGCUCUCCUGGAGUAUUCACAGAUGUCUCAAUGUUUCUUUUAUGGAUAAAGUUCAAUCUUAAAAAAGUUGUAGCUUAAAGAUCAUUAGCUAGAUGUGAUUCAUCACUAUAUUAUCCUUGAGCAAGUCACUCAACACAAAGUACUUUGAAUGAAAGUGUUUGAUGAACUACUGCUUGCUUACUGAACUCCAUAGGAGUGGACAGGUCUCUGUGCAGUGUGGCAGAUGGUUUUGUACAUGAAAAUAAAGGCAUUAUCAGAAAUCCAGCUAGUCCAGGGCAGAGCUACAAUAACAAUGAAAUAUGUCUGUGGUCCAUUCGAGCCGGAGCUGGUAAGCUUGUUCUAAUGGAGUUCCAAGAGUUCGGCCUAGAGGAUGACAAACUGUGCCAAAGCGACCAUGUGACGGUGUAUGUUGAUGGGGACAAUCAAAUAGGAGUAUGUUCUACCUGUCCACCUCGUUCAACAGGGCGGUUCUGUGGAAGUCGAACCCCUCCUCCCAUUCUUAUUAUGGGUUCCCAAAGUGUGGGGGUGCAGUUUGUGUCUGAUGUAAGCAAAACAGGAACCGGAUUCACCAUGCACUUCAGUGAUGUUCAGGAAGACUAUAGUUUUGGAGCCCAAUGUGGAACAGUGGUGCUGUUACAACCCAAAAGGGCUGUGAAGAGCCCCUCCCAUCCACAACCGUACAACAACAACAUCCUUUGCCGCUGGGUCAUCUAUGCCCCAGAAGACCAUAUAGUCAAGCUGAACUUUGAUGACUUUGACCUUGAGGAAUCUGAGAACUGCAAAUAUGAUUCGCUUACAGUGUUUGGAGAUAUUAAUUUAGAGGAUGAAAUAGUGGUUGUAUGUGGCAGCAGUGUCCCUCCAGCUGUUCUCAGCAACGGUCAUGUAAUGCUUCUAGAGUUCAGCACAGACAGCAGCGUAUUUGGCCGAGGUUUCAACGCCGCCCUUUCUUUUAUCAGCAAAAAAGAUCUCAAAGAUAUGACGUCCGAAGAUAAAGAAGAGGAAACAAAUUAUAAAAGCAAAGUUAUAUCACCACAUUUAUUGGCUGGUUUGUCAUCUGUGUGUGAAAUGCAUGACGUCUUUGCUGUUGCUGGGUUGGACACACUGAGGAAAGCAGAAGAUGAUGGGAUUCUGCCCUGGCGGUGGCAUGUGAGCAUUGGGCUGGGUGCAGGUCAUGUGUGCAGCGGGACCAUUGUCCAUUCAACAUGGAUCCUUACUUCUGCAAGCUGUGUCUAUAACCUGGAAGAGAGACUUUUAAGAUUCUUAAAAGUGAAAACAGGAGGUUCAAAGAAACAGACCCUUGAUGUUAUCCGAAUCUUUAAACAUCCUCAUUUCAACUCUUCCUCUUUGAACAACAACGCAGCUUUGCUUCAGCUAAGCUCUCCUUUAAAUUUCGAUGAAAGCACACAGGCUGUCUGUUUACCCUCUGUUGGACAGGAUAUCCCCUCUUCUCUCCGCUGCUGGACUGCGGCGUGGACCAGACAAUUGUCAGGACACGGGUGGUACCAAUCUGUACAGCUAAAAAUAUCCAUGCUUGAAAGGACAGUGUGUGAACAACAUUUCAGCAGAUUGACACCUAGUAUGCUAUGUGCUGGACUGACAGAGGGGGACAGUGCAGGAUCAUGCAUGGUGGGGAAACAACGGACUCACUGGAUUGAUUCAGGAGGACCUCUAGUUUGUCUAGGCAACACUGGUGUUGUUUUAAUGGGUUUGAGGAGCGGGGGAGAGUCAUGCGGUGGGACUCAGAGACCAGAGGUGUAUUCUUCAGUGCCAGCCAUCAUCCAUUGGGUCUCGCAUUAUUUAGACACAAAGUGA